UGACAGUGACAGUGACCGUCAUGUGUUCUUUAAUGUCAGUCAGAUCUUCUGUCAUUGAAAAAAGCGAAUUUUAAGAACAACAAACACCUAAAAUCUAAGAUCAGAAAGAAGGAUUCAUAAAAGACGGCAAAAUGGCACAGACAGCGGGAGUAAAGCCCAUGACUAUUGUUGGUCGUGUGGCGUCCGAACGAGAAAGAUGUCUUGGGAUGACUGAUGCAGAGAGGGCUUGGCGUAAGCAAUGGUUGCAAGACCAGAUUUUAGCUUCAAACGAACCGGUCCAUGUCGAGGAAUAUUGGAGAGAACGCAUUAAUCCUAUUCGUCGGUUGUAUCGCAAACCUUUGGAUGUUAUAUACAAUGCCCUUACCCCUGCUCUGGGAGCUCAACGUGCUGCAGAUUAUAGAUAUAUAACAGGAAAACUUGGAUUCAUGGCAUUUGGAAUUCUGGCAAUCCAUUACUAUUUCAAGUACAAUGCAAAUGAUUGGACAAGAAAAGGAGGCUGGCGAGUGAUAAGAUCAAAGCCCAUGGUCCUGCCAGGACAACCUGGAUUCCCAUUCAAAUCUGAUCGCCAUGAGCCUGCUGAUUAUGCAAGCAGGGGAUUCAAAUCAUCUCCUAUAUAAAAUUCAUUGCUGUUUUAAUAAUUUUAAAUAGGCCAAUGAAAUAUAGAAAACAGUUUCUAAAAAUAAUCCUGUGGUUCUAAAAGAAAUUGUCAAAAAUAUUAGUCAUUAAAGGUAAUUUAUAA